GCGGGUGUCGGCUAUUCCGCGGUCGUCCAACAGUUCGUGGAGCAGAUCAAGCAGUACACCGAGCAAUGGGAGAACAAAGACGAGAGCCACAACUUCGAUCAGCGCUACGACCUGGCCCUGGCCCGGAAGUCUGUCUUUCCCAUCGUAGAGGCCGAACUUCGCGCCCUGGUGGAUGACCAGAUGCGCGAG